AUGGAUCAUCCAAGUAGCGAUAAACAAGAAAAUGAAGAAUCAAAAUCUCCUAUAGUAAUAAAUAUUAUACCUCCAUCACCACAAUUGGAAUCACACAAUAGGUCUAGUGGCGAGAAUAAUGAUGAAGAAGAGGAUUGUGGGACAGCAUCAGAGGACGAUAGUAUUCCAAUGCCAUCAUUAUCAUCGUCACAAAUCAUUAAUACUGGUACAGUUGAAAAAGUAACCACACCAAGCAGUAGUGAUGUUAAUACAGACUCAAAUAAAUCAAUAGAACCCACACCGAUAACAAAUCCAACCAUUAACAGACCAAACAGUAUCAUAAAUUCAUCAAGUGGUAGUUUUAAUUUACAAGAAAGCAUUGGAUUUAAGGAUAGCUAUCCAUCUUCACCAAAUAAUUUAAUACAUAACAAAGUUGCAUUUACCAAUUUAGAUAAUAAAUCAGCACUCAGUAGAUCAUCACCAAAUUUACAAACCUUAUCACAAAAAGCAAAUUUAAAACAAUCAUCAGCAACCACAAAUUCUACACCACAAUCAGUAUCACCACAAUCAUUAUCACCACCAACUGCAUCAGGUAAUAACGCCACUAAUCCCACCACUACCACUACUACCACAACAACUGCACCAACUCACACAUCACCAAAUAAAUUAAAAAAUUCAGAUAAUAUCACAUUGGGAUCAUUUGCAGAGUCACAGAAUUUUGAAGAUUUUCAUAAUACUGGCAAUGGUCAAUUGGUUGGAGGUAUUAGUCCAAAUAGAGUAGGAAAAAUUUUUGAUCAUUUUUUAGUAGUAGGUUUACCAUCAACAAUAAAACUAACAUCGACAGUUCAUGACGAAAGACAAACUCAUAGACCACAAAUCAUUUAUCAAUAUCCACCAGAUAAAUCAUUACCAAAUGAUAUGAUUGAACAAUUUUGUUUUCCUACAGGUGUAGAAUCAAGAUCAUCGCAGAGGUCUUAUUCUUCUUCAUCACUUAAUCAAGUUUCAUUUUCUAGCCUUUCGAACCUAUUAAACCCAACUCAUUCAAAUGUAUUUUUAAUUACAUCACUUCACACACUUUAUUAUGGUAUAUGUAUUAUAAAAGAUGAAGAGGUUUCUUCAUUACCAAGUUUUAUAGAUGAUAGAUCACCAUUGAAUCAAUGUAAAUAUAGUAAGGAGGAUGGAGAGGGUAAAGAAAAAAGAAGAUCAUUAAAUAGAAAUCAAUAUGAUUUUAUUGCACCAAGAGUUUAUUGCUUUUUAAGUAGAUUCCCAUUUUUUCAAUUACAUUUUCAAAUGUUACAUUCAAUUUUAGAAGGUGAACGUAUGUUAAUGUUAUUUUCACUAAGUCAAUCAACUGAUCCACAAAAUAAUGGUUCAUCAACAUUGGAUUUAUUAGAUUUAUAUUAUAAUAUUGGUAUGGAGUCAGUUAAAGAUAAAGUUCAAUUCAAAGCACCAUGUCAUAAUUAUAAAACUGAUUAUCAUUGUCCAUUGGGAUCAGAAGAUAGAUUAAUUGCAGAUUGGUCAUUUUAUCCAACAUUUGAGGCAUUAAAUAUUGAAGAUAUAUUAAAUAUUUAUUGUUGGUUGUUAUUAGAAAGACAGGUUUUAGUAAUUUCAAAACAUUUAGGCAAUGUUACAUCAUUAAUAUUUUCAUUUAUACCAUUAUUAAAACCAUUUGUUUGGCAAUGUUGUUUUAUACCAGUUUUACCCGAAUCAUUGAUUGAAUCAAUCGAUGCACCAUUUCCAUUUAUUAUUGGACAUAACAAAAUGCCAGAUCAAGAUACUAUAGCGAAGAGGGAAUAUUUAAUUGUAGAUAUUGACACAAAGAAAUUAUUAUAUCCACCAAAUAUAGUUCAACCAAAAUUACCAGGUAAAAAGAAAUUAGAAACUACUUUGACAGCUCAUAAAAAAGAAAUGAAUGAUUUAAGAGAUCAAAUUCCAAUUGAUCAUUUAAAACAUAGAUUCACCCAAAAUAUAAUAAACACAUUUAGAGAGUAUCAGACUUGGUUAGUUGAUCAAAUUAGUUCAGGUGUGUUAACAUGUAUAAAUAAUUUGUAUAUUCAAAAACAAAAUGAAAAUAAUCAAAAUAAAUUAGAUAUAAAUAAUAAUAAUAAUAAUAACAAUGAUAACCAACAACAGCAGGAUAUAAAUAAUAAUGAAGAUAAUAAAAUAAAUAAUAGUGAAGAUAAUAAAAUAAAUAAUGAUUCAAAUAAUGAAAAUAUAAAUAAUGAUAGUAUAAAUAAUAAUGAACAAAAACAAAAUAAUAUAAAUGAAAAUAAUGAUCAAGAAAAUGAAAAAGUUGAAGAAAAUCAAACAAGUAGUUUAAGUUCAAGUCAACAAAAGUAUCAUCAACAGCAACAACAACAGACACCUAUUUUAAAUAACGAAAAUUAUACAAUUGAUGCUUUAACCUCAAUAGAAUUAUUAAAUAAACAAAGUAUUCACUUUUUAGAGAAUCAAAAGAAUAUCAAAGAUAUAGUAGAGUGUUUACCAAAGAAAUAUCAAGACUUUUUUAAAGAAUUUUUCCAAACUCAAAUAUUUACAGUUAAUGCAGUAAAAUUAAUGUUAUCAAUACAAGAGCGUCAUAAAACAUCGAUUAGUUUAAUAGAGAAAUUAGAAUCAUUAAUUUUAAUGGAAGAGAAAUCCAAAGAAGUGUUGAUGGAAUACCAAAAAAUGGCUAAAAAGGAUGCCAAAGUAGACAUGAAUACAAUCAAGAAGCAACUAAAAGAUUCUGAAGGUGUAAUUAACGAGCUUAAAGAAUCUAAAAAGAAAUUAGAAAUGGAAGCUUUAGCCACAAGUCCAAGUAAAGCAAAUCUCAGUGGUAUAUCUUCAUUAUUUUCAGGUUUAUCUUCAAUCUCUGAAUUACGUAAAAAGAAAUUAGAAUUUGGUCAUCGUAGAAGUAGAUCGGUAACCGAUCAAGUUGAAAAAAAUAUUUUAAAAAAAUCAACAAAGGCACCCUUGUUUUCAUUUUUUGAUAUGUCUGGUUCUAAAGGCUCAGCUAAUUCAGGUGGUCCAAGUUUAAAUAGUAGUUCUUCAAAUUUAGCCACUCACAUUACCAACCAACCACAAAAAACCUCACCACCAAUCUCAAUUAAUAGAACAAACAGUAAUUUAUCCGAUAGUAAUAAUGUUGGUAAUGAAUCACAAUCACCCAAAAGUUUUGGUAGUAGUUUAGGUACAGGUAGUUCGAUGCCAUCAUCUCCAUUAAAUGGAACACCAAUUUCUUCACCAAUUUUAUCUCCACAAUCAAUGAACAACAGUCCAAGAAGCUAA